CCCUCCACUUUCUUAUAUAUCUUCUUUCCGACUUCUCUCUCUCCUGUGCUUCAUCUUCAAGUUUAAUUCUUACAACAAUUAGCUAACUGCUUCCCCUUCCAUGGAGGAUUCUUCUUCAUCUGCGGUCGAGGAUGCCAAGACUAGUUGCCCUCGCGGUCACUGGAGACCCUCCGAGGAUGAGAAGCUCCGGCUGCUCGUUCAACAAUAUGGUGCCCAGAACUGGAAUUCAAUCGCCGAGAAGCUCCAAGGAAGAUCAGGGAAAAGUUGCAGAUUAAGGUGGUUUAAUCAGCUUGAUCCUAGGAUUAACAGAAGGCCGUUUACAGAAGCGGAAGAAGAGAGGCUACUUGCAGCUCAUCGAAUCCAUGGGAAUAAGUGGGCACUCAUAGCAAGGCUUUUUCCAGGUCGUACUGAUAACGCUGUGAAGAAUCAUUGGCAUGUUAUAAUGGCGCGCAAGCAAAGAGAACAAUCUAAGUUAUGCGGGAAGAGAAGCUUCCAAGAUGUUUAUAACUAUAAUGAUUCUAAUUACAGUUGUCCCAAGAAAAUCUCAUCAAACCCUUAUCAAGACGUGUUAAUUAGCUCCAGAAUGAAUGGGUUAGAGAAUGCCAGAUUCUUUGAUUUCCGUAACUUUAAACAUAAAGAUAGAAUAUUUGCCGAUUCUCCCUCCACUUCUUUGGCUUCUUGGAGUUUUGCUACCUCAUCAUCAAACGGUUCUCCUGCUGCGGAUUCAUUUAGAAGAGAUGGCAGAGAUUUCUUCAAUUCUCACUCCAACAACCAAUACGUUGUAUCAGAAAUAUCGAAAGGUUCAGAUAGGUUUCAUUACAGAAUUUAUCCGAAUUCUUCAGCAAAUUCCAGGAGAGCCGUUCCAUCAAAUGCUUUUGGACUUUUUGGUUCCAACGAAGAUGGAAGGACAAAGAGGGACUUCCCCAGUUUCUGUGAUAGCUCGACAUUCACCAAGGUACGGGCUUCUACGGAUCGGCGAGAGCUAGAAGAUCCCGAACCUAUUGAACACAAAGAAGUUCCUUUUAUUGAUUUUCUUGGUGUCGGCGUCUCUUCGUCAUAACAACAUAGUACAGUAUGUGUUAACUUCAUGAGAGAACACGAGACCAGCUUUCUAGUUUUCAUUACGUGACUUCAGCAUUUCAUUCUCUCUCUCUCUCUCUCGGCCUUUUUUAAUAACAUGCAUGUGAACUUAUACUUAAUUUAAUUGUAAGAGCCACUAGGAUGUGAUGUGAGGGUUCUCGUUUUCUAAAAGUCUUGUAAGCAGGGUAGUCAGGAGCCCAAAUUUUCCGUUCUCAUGAAAUAUUAAGCAAAUCUCUUCUUGUUCCGUAUCA